AUGAGCGACUUCAAGCCAGCUAUCGAGACCUCCGAGUAUCAUGUUGAAGGGCCUCGUCCUGGGUUCUUUGGAAGGAUUUUGAAGGCAGAACCUGAGCGCGCGUUGUUGGAUGACCUGGCACGCAUGAACGAGACCGUGUUGGAUCUGGUGGUCGUUAAGAGGAUUGAGCGAAGGGUUGACUUGCUGGUUAUUCCUGCAUUGGCCGUUUGUUAUAUGUUUUACUAUAUCGAUAAGACGACGCUUUCGUAUGCUGCGAUCUUCGGGAUCAAGGAAGAUCUAGCUUUAGGGAAAACGGAAUAUCAAUGGCUAUCAAGUGUCUUCUACUUUGGCUGGCUGUUCUGGGCUUUCCCGACAAAUCUCCUUAUGCAGAAAUUUCCUAUCGCAAAAUACCUCGCUGUCAACAUUUUCUUCUGGGGCGUGCUUCUCAUGGCACAAGCAACAGCGAAGGACUUCAAAGACAUGAUGAUCCUGCGCAUUCUCUCUGGCGCGGCAGAGUCUACAGCUGACCCUGCCUUCGUUCUGAUCACCGGGCUGUGGUAUACACGUAGCCAGCAACCCAUCCGAAUCGGACUCUGGUAUAGCGCAAAUGGUAUUGGGAUCGCCCUCGGUGGGUUAUUGGGAUAUGCCAUUGGACAUAUCAAAGGUGCUCUUCCGUCGUGGCGCUACGAAUUUCUUAUCAUCGGAGCGCUCUGCUCGUUCUGGGCGAUCGUCAUGUUCACGUUUGUUCCUGAUUCUCCAUAUUACAAGUCACGGUGGUUCAAGGAUGAGGAUCGGCUUGUAGUUCUGAGUCGUAAGAGGGAUGAUCAAGCUGGUGCUGAUACUCACAGAGUGAAGCCUGAUCAGAUUGUCGAAGCGUUCUGCGAUCCCAAGAUUUAUCUCUUCUUCCUGCUCGGGUUUUCUUCAAACAUCCCGAAUGGCGGAAUUUCGAACUUCGGAACGCUCAUUAUACAAGGCUUCGGUUUCGACACACUCGAGACGAGUUUGAUGCAGAUCCCUUACGGUUUCUUCAUCUGCUUCUGUAUCCUAUUUUCUGUGUGGCUUAACACCAAAGCACCGAAGAAUAGCAGAACCCUCCUCAUGAUCGUCUUUCUCCUGCCUAACAUCAUUGGUAGCUGUAUGAUGGCUUGGGGUCCCGCAACCUCAAAGCCUACGCGUUUGGUUGGGUACUGGUUGACUGGGUCGUAUAACGCUACGUUUGUCCUCGGAUUGUCACUUGUAUCCGGAAACGUCGGUGGUCAAACGAAGAAAGCUAUCGCCAAUGCGGCUGUCUUCCUAGGUCUAUGUACAGGAAACAUUGUCGGACCCUUUCUCUUCAAGACUUCAGAGGCACCAAAAUACACUACCGGCAUUGUAGGUAUGCUCGUCGCCAACAUCGUUGAAGUCUUUGUUAUUCUGGCCUUGAGGACCCUGUUCUUGACGUCGAAUAAGCGGAGAGACAGAAAGUUGGCGGAAGGAGGAGUCAAGUGCACAGCGAUAGUGGAUGAUAUAACGGAUUUUGCGAAUCCUGCGUUUAGAUAUGUAGCUGUAGGUUCCAAGUUCGUUUUCGGGCAUUGGAAAUUGACUGAUGAUGUUACAGUGAGAUGGCUGUAG